UCGGUAUCGUAGAGAAUUCGGUCCGAAACGUAACUGAUAAUCACGACGACACAGCGUUUCUGUCACGACAUUGAAUCAAUCACAUUACACUCCUAUUAUUCCAGGGGAUUUAGCUGUUUGAUCUCUCUGCCAUUACAUUUGCUUUUCAUCUGUAUACACAUUGGAGCAUUACGAUGAACUUAAAUCUGUACAACAUGAAUCGUGUACAACUUACCCUGACGGGAGCCGCCUUAUGUGUAAUGCUUAGUGUGUUAUUCAGCAUAAAGCUUCUCUUAGCACAUAUCUCGAAUUGGAAGAAGCCAAAGGAGCAGAAGGCUAUAGUCGUUAUCAUUCUGAUGGCUCCUAUAUAUGCUGUGGUUUCCUAUGUUGGUUUGUUGAAAUUUCAAGGAUCUGAAGCUUACUUUAUGUUCUUGGAAUCGAUCAAAGAAUGUUAUGAGGGUCUGGUGAUGGCCAAGUUCUUGGCUUUGUUAUAUUCAUACUUGAACAUAUCAAUAAGCAGAAGCAUAGUGCCGGAUGAGGUUAAGGGAAGAGAAAUCCACCACUCAUUUCCGAUGACUCUUUUUCAGCCUCACUCUGUCAAACUGAACCAUAAAACGCUAAAGCAACUCAAGUAUUGGACAUGGCAGUUUGUAGCAAUUCGGCCUGUGUGCUCCAUUUUGAUGAUAGCUCUUCAACUUCUUGAUAUAUAUCCUGAUUGGAUUAGCUGGACGUUCACCAUCAUACUAAACAUUUCAGUCUCAUUGGCAUUGUAUUCUCUAGUACUUUUCUACCAUGUGUUUGAUAAAGAGUUGGCACCACACAAUCCACUAGCUAAGUUUUUGUGUGUCAAAGGGAUCGUCUUUUUCUGUUUCUGGCAGGGAAUUCUGCUUGAGAUAUUAGUUGCAAUGGGCAUAAUCAAGUCACAGCAUAUCUGGAUCGAUGUGGUCUACAUACAGCAAGCAUAUCAAAAUAUGUUGGUAGUCGUGGAAAUGAUGUUCUUCUCUGUAUUUCAAAUGUCAGCAUACAGUGCUGCACCUUAUGCAGGUGACACAAAAUCGAGCGUGAAAGACAAGAAGAAGGAUUAAUCCAGCUAAUGAAAUUAGACAAUAUAGCUGUUAAACGCCAUGCUGAAUCUGGUCUUGUAGCUAGAGUUGUCUUCACCUCAGUGUAUCAGUAGUUAUCAAACUUGACAUUCAUAACAUACUGUAUGACAUUUGUUGGAUUCUGUUCUAGAGCACUUCUGCAACAAGAUUAAAGACAUGUCCUGGCUAAUAUCAAUUCUA